AUGAAGGGGAUCUACGAAGGCGCUGCCUCAGUAUUUGCUUGGCUCGGGAUGCCAGACGACGAUGCUCAGAUAAAAGACGCUAUCGAUCUCAUGGUCAAGAGCUUUGAUGUUUUCUCCGAAGAUAUUGAGGCCCUCGAUGGGGGUAUACAUCCCGUAAAGUGGGACAAAGAUCAUGCACUAUUUCCGCAUGAUGGUUGCAGCGACACAGACCAAGCUUGGAGGACUGUCACCGCCAUAUGCGAUCUGCCAUACUUUCGAAGAGUAUGGAUACACCAGGAAGCAACUACACCUGGCGAAGUCAGAUUCUGGAUUGGCAAGCACAACUUUGACGGUGAUCUUAUGCUAAUGAUCGUAUUAUGCGCACAUCGUUUCGCUGAGGUAUGGGAAUUCCCUGCAGGACUUGCGAAAUCGGUCGGCAUGCGCAGCCACAUAGCGCACGUCACUAUGGCACGAGUAGAUCGCGAGAGGCCAGGACCUCAGCCACUGGUCGAUAUUCUAGCGGAUGUGAGAAUCGCAUCGUGUGCAGAUCAGCGUGACAAGGUGUUCGUAGCUUUGGCCCAUGCGGCUGAGAUUUCCACUAUGGAUAUCGUUGUGGACUAUGACAGAAGCCUCGAGGAAGUCUAUCUAGACAUAGCCCAUUUCGCAUUGGAGCGUCACGGUCUUGAUAUGUUGGGCCUCGUCUACACCCAUGGACCUGGACUACAUCCAGAUUUCCUUUCGCUCGCCGAGGCUCCCCGUCUUCCGACCUGGGUGCCGGACUGGAGACAACGACUGCGGAUAAUGGCUUUGACUAAUGAGGUUAGAGUUCUUGAGGACGGUAGCCCGAUCUACAACCCCUUGCCAGGCACUAUUACCAAGUACGAGACGAAGGGCGCGGCGCUCAGAAAGAGACUUUCGAAGACUAUCAUGGCGCCCACGUGCACGAGAUGGCCGGCGGGCGAAAGAUCGAGUACCCAUGCAGGCAAGCCAAGGGCCACACAUGAGCAUUCAUGGGAUGGAAGCAAUUCAUCGUGA